UUAUGAGUGUUUGUUUCUUUGUGGGGAUGUUUUUUUUCUGUCCCGAUGCGAGUGUGUUUGUGUGUGUGGGCUCAAGUUUCGAGCAGUGUGAUUGGGUCAGACCCUUUUGCAACGUUUUAUUAACAAAUCUCUUUCUUCUCUCUCUUAUAUUUUCAUAUACGAGAGAGGGGAGUUAUAUGAGAGAGGUAGAGAGAGGGCUGAAAGCUUAAAAGAUAGAGGAAAGCUUAAAGGCCUAAAGCUGAGAGAAAGCUGUAGGGAGCCGAAAGAGCUUUUUUCUUCAUGUUCUACCUGUAUUUCUCUCCUCUUUGCUCAUAUAAUAUAUAUAUAAAAAGAGUCUGCUUUCUCUCACCUCCAAAAUCAGUUGCAUGCUUUUAUCUCAUAAAGAUAUAGGGGAGAGAGAGAGAGAGAGAGAGAGAGAGAGAGAGAGCUUGGUGUUGAUCCUCUGAAGAUUCUUCACAAAAACCCAGCCCAACCCAAAUAAGAGAGAGAGAGAGAGAGAGAGAGAGAGAGAGAGAGAGAGAGAGCUUGGCGUUGGUCUUUUGAAGUUUUUCACAAAAAACCCAGUCCAACCCAAACAAGAAAGAGAGAACUUCUUCUUGGGUUUUUGAAGAUUUUAACAAAAACCCAACAAAAAUCAAAUAAGAGAGAGAGAGAGAGAGAGAGAGAGAGAGAGAGAGAGUUAAUUGUUGUUGGUUUUUUAAAGAUUUCAACAAAAACCCAACAAAAUCCAAUUGAGAGAGAGAGAGAGAGAGAGAGAGAGAGAGAGAGAGCGAGCGAGCGAGCGAGCUUGAUUAAAGGUGCUCUUUGAAGAUUUCAACAAAAAACCCAACACCGCCCAAACAAAAAUCCUCCCAUGUUCAGCUCCCCAUCACCUUCCCAAGGCAACAAUGCCUCCUCUACAAUCCCUCCUCAACCCUUCCCUUGCAUUGAAAAUGGCAACAACAGCAAAAGGAAAAGAAGGCCUGCUGGCACUCCAGACCCCGAUGCAGAAGUCGUCUCCCUCUCUCCGAAGACUCUUCUCGAAUCCGACCGUUACAUCUGUGAGAUCUGCAACCAAGGCUUCCAACGAGAUCAGAACCUUCAGAUGCACCGUCGCCGUCACAAGGUCCCUUGGAAGCUUCUGAAGAGGGAAACGCCGGAGGUCCGCAAGCGCGUCUUCGUUUGCCCCGAACCUAGCUGCCUGCACCAUGACCCUUGCCACGCUCUCGGCGAUCUCGUCGGCAUCAAAAAGCAUUUCCGCCGCAAGCAUAGCAAUCACAAGCAGUGGGUCUGCGACAAAUGUUCUAAGGGCUACGCCGUUCAAUCCGAUUACAAGGCCCACCUCAAGACCUGCGGCACCAGAGGCCAUUCUUGCGAUUGUGGCCGUGUUUUCUCAAGGGUAGAAAGCUUCAUUGAACAUCAAGAUGCUUGCAAUGCGGGCCGCCUGCGGCCAGAACUACAGGCGCCGCAGCCUGCCUGCCUGUCAAGGACCGCUUCCAGCCCAAGCCCAUCAAGCGAAACUAACUUCAGUGCAGCCACAUGGCCUGGUUUGAGAAUGACGAAGCAGACAGCCAUGACUGGGUCCAUCUUCUUAUGUUCCGAUCGGGCCCCACCAGCGCCAUUCGAUCUUCGCCACAACCUCGAACUUCAGCUUCUACCCUCUUCCAAUCCCCAUCCCGACGCCUUUGGAGCCUCCUUCCACCCCAAUUCCGAUGAAACGAAUGCCACCCGGUUGCAACUCUCGAUCGGAACUUCCAGCAAUUCCAAUUCCGACAUCGACCCAAGUCGUGAUUCCCCGGGCGGGAAAAAGUCUGCCGAGGAGCUAAAAGAACAGGCUCGGGAACAGCUCCGGCUAGCUGUCGCAGAGAAGGCAUUUGCAGAUGAAGCCCGCCAGCAAGCCAAGCGGCAGAUCGAACUCGCCGAGCAGGAAUUCGCCAAUGCGAAGAGAAUUCGGCAACAUGCACAGGCCGAGCUCGACAAAGCUCAGAUCCUCAAAGAGCAUGCUACUAAGCAGAUCAACGCCACCCUCCUCCAAAUCACGUGUCACACGUGCAAGCAACGGUUCCAAGCAGCUGCCGUUGCAGCGGCCCCCACGACGGUGCUGGUGCCACUGCCAGACGAGAACUCGCUGGUGAUGAGCUACAUGUCAUCGGCCGUCACGGAGGGUGAAGGCGAGAACGAUGAUCAGAACCGUCGAUCCAAGAUGGCCCACCACGACAGGUCUCUCUACUAAGUAUUUUUUUUCUUCUUCUUUUGUAAUUAUUAACGGAGUGCUUGUUGUAACCUGAUAUGAUUUGGGGUUGCGUUUGUUAUUUUUUCAUUUAUUUGAAUCAAGAAGAAUGAGUUGUUGAUGAUGAUGAUGAUGCUGACGGUAAUGAUGAUGAAGCUGCUGGGCCAUGUUAGUUUC